UACAGCAAAUAGUCCUAUCCUGUUGGCGCGAUGAAGGCUACUCAGCUCAAGGAAGCCAUGAGCAUGAAAAUGAAGAGGAUCUGUCCUUUCAGGUACGAUCAAAAGAAAUAUGUCAGGAAAUAGACAUCUAAGGCUGCCAGUAAAAGUCAGUGUUUACAAUGCCAGUUAUAGAAUUGGUUAAUUUAAGAACAUAGUGUACUUGUUUUUUUGUUGACCAUGAUUUUUUCCCCAAGAGGAAUGAAUUACUUUGGUUAUUUUCACUUGUUGCUAUGUGACAAAUGUGAGCAUAUUCUCAGAUAACAUGAACAAGGAGCAGACAAAACUUUGACUCUGUUCAAAACUUUUAAAGAGUGAGGGUGCUGUUGUUUUGAAAUACUGCUGGACAUUUCAAGCUUUAUAGUAACAAGGGAGAUUUCUCGUCUGACUUGAUUACAACUUGUCCCCAACAACCCAAGUAUUUGGAACAAAGUCCCGCAAGUGUUGGGGAAGCUGCCGCUGAGAAAGCCUAGUAGGCAGGGUAGGAGGCGAAGCCUCAGUCUCUGUGUAGUGUGUACCUGACGGUUGGGUCAGUAGGGUGUGAGCUGGUCACAGUGGAGAACCACCAAUUUCUUCCAUUUCACCAGUCACACCUUAUACACAAAGUCCAGAACAUUUUUCUGACCAGGCGCUUAGCGGUAGGGGCAGCAAUCUGGUCGGGGACCCCAUAUAAUACGCCUGUGGCCACUUAGUAAAGUAGUCCAUGAUGACGUAGCAAUUCACAAUUGGCCCUGGUCUCAUUUAAACUGCUGGGGGUCAAUGAAUUUCCAUCCACUGCUGACUGCUGCUGCUGGAGCCCAGAGACUGCUGUCACUGUUGCCUGGAGAGGCGCAGAACCGCCACCACUGGAGUCGCUGCAUCCUGGUCCUCGAUGCACUGACAAUGCCAGCACCUGUCCUCCUAAUAAUGCUGUUGGAACAGAGCACCUGCGUUGGCGUAAAGACGGCCGGCUCAGUGGCGAAUAUUGAAGUCGUAGUCCAACAGAGUCUCUCAUCACUGAGCCAGCUGUCCUGCCGACUCUUCGAAGUUGAGAGAAGCAUGAUCAGUGCGCAGGAGAAACUGCCUUUUGCUGAGGUAGGCUCUAAAAGUGGUAAAUUCCCAGGCUGACAGCCAGCAGCUCUCGAUGGGUGAUGAAGUAGUUCUUAUCUGGUCGGAUGAACGAACGCCUUUAGUAGGCGACGAGCUGCUCACCUCCUGGGACAGCACUGCAAGGAGACCCAAGUUGCUAGCAGCGGUGUCUAGGAUGAACAGUCGCUGUGGGUUUGGAAACAAAAGCCUCGAUGAGCGCUGACCCGUGAGUCGAGCGAAGGCAGCAAUGCAGUCCUCACUCCACUGGAAUAGUUGCCCCUUCUGUGUCAGUCGCAGUGAGCUGGCGAUGAUGGUGAAGUCUCUGACGAAGCACCGGUAGUAGGUGCUGACAUUGCAGGGAGUGGGCCAGUCUCACAGCAGCUAUCUUUGCUGGGUCGUGGACCCCCCCGGUGUGCCUACAACAUAGCCUAGGAAAGAUGUCUCUCUCCAGAACAGAUGACACGGGUGCAGACAUAGACCAGAUUGGCGAAUGGCAUUGAAAACGUCACUCAGGUUAACCAGGGUGCCUGCAGCGUGAACAAGGAGGUCAUAUAUGACUGCAUUUCCACUCUGGGUGCCCAGGCUGUGUUUUGUUUUCUGGUGGCGGGCGAACAGUUUAUCUCUGGCACUGUUGGCAAAGCUCCGCUGGUCGAGCUGCCGAAGCAGUGCUCCCCCAGUGGCUGGCCAGCUGACCCUUCCAAUCGUGUUGAUCAAACUACCACUGCACAUUUUUAUUAGGCCAAAUAUUAAACAAAGACCUAAUUCCGCAGUAAUUUGGUAGCGUUUAGGUUAUUUGAUACUGACUAGUUAACUUCUGGCGCUGAAACUCUCUUACCUGAUUCUGCUAACCCUGCAUUUCACCUUGACACGCCUCAAGCACCCAAGCCCGAGAGCCGAAAUGCCCUGGCUGCAAGCCCCAAGGAAACCUGGAGAGGGCACGAUCAAGCCCCGGAUAUGACAAUGACAAAGGGGACACAGCAGGCCCGGCCACGCACUAAGGUUGUCUGGGUUUGGCCCAAUUGAGGAAACACGACUGUUCAUUAAAUGGCACAUGGCAUUAACAUUCACACACACUAACACUGGACACAAAAGGGAGGCAUGAAACACAUGAUUCUAAUUUAAAACACUUUCCCGUUCCCUAACAACUCCGCAACUGCAUAGCAUGCUGGGAUUACCGAGCAUCUCUUACCCUACGCAAUGCAAAAGCUUCGCUAACCCCUUGCACGUUACAAUAUUUUGCAGAUGCAAGAUAUGUUAUAUUUUAUAUAAAGAUAUUUACCAGACCGAUAUAGAAACAAUUUUUUCAUUAUAUUUUUGUAAAUAGUUUAUCCAAGCUUAGGUGGUGGUAUUUGUGGUAGCUAUUUUUGCCUCUUGACAAUUGUCAAGCUUGUGGAAAUAGGAUACUUCUUGUGGAAGAUUCAGAUGAGUAAGCAUCAUAAUCCAAGCUAGGCCUAACCAAACAGUAACACGCAGUGCCAGUUAUUUACAACAACUUUAUUGUUUCUGUAUUUACUGAAUACCAGUGUUGUAUUUAAUGUGCUUUAUAGGAAUGAAGGCUUAAGCCAAUUGAUUCAGUUCAACAGGCAUGGUAUAGGCCUACUGCAGGUCUAUUUCUGGAUAUUCGCACGUAGGCUAGGCCCCAGUCCUACUCCAUAUAAUUAGUUUCUUUUCGACAUGACUUGAAUUUCUUUAUCGUUUUGGAACCAGGAAAACAAACACGGAAAGAUUAACAAUAGUUUGUUUGUUUAAAAUGAAAGAAGAGUAAGGUUUCAGUGGCCUGCCAGGGUGGGCUACAUUUGCUUUGAGCAAUUUCUGUAUUUUUUUUUUGACGUCACUGAUCUCAUGAAGAUGUAUUACCACCACCAUGUCAGCAGAAGACUGCCAAUCAAAUUAUUACAUCUUAAUAAACUACUAUGACACUACACUGCCAUCUAGUGUAUAGGCCCGCAAAGCCAGAUGAUGUUGCUUUCUAUGAGGAACAUAAUGAAAACAGACGCGUGUCGGUCAUUACAUUACAGAAAUAUCUAUAUGUUUAUCUAAAACAUAUUUACAUGUAAGGCUACAUAUGCCUUACUAAUGCGAAUACUGCAAAAACAAACUGCAACUUUAUGAUCUAAUUAAUAGGCCUACGUUGUGCAACUGGAACCUUUGACACGCAUGUAUUUAGUGUUUUGAGUGGGUAACCACCGUUACCCAAAUCUGCUUACUCUAUGUUUUGCCCCCACAAUUAUAAUUUUAUUACGAUUAAUGCGAAAAUUUAUAUGAAAAGUGGUAUUAAAUGUUUUUUGGUGAUUCGAUUUGCACACUGAUGGAAUCAAACAAUGCCAAACGCGCCCCGCGGCCUCCAGUUUAUGAUUGCUGCCUAUGCGCGGUGCCAGUAUGACAGCAGCUUUACGCAACAUGAGGAAAUGCUCAAAGUGUUCUAAAAUGUUGAGGACGUAGGUAUAUAUAGGGGAUACACUGGACUUUAAACAACUGAAUGAUUUAUCCUAUCCUUCUAUAGUGAUACCCCAUUGAUUUUGUCCAUAUAUCCGUUGCACCUAGGGUAUUUGUGUAGUGUUUUCACGUCUUCGUAAAGGGAAAUCCUUGCAUCACAACAGACAGGGGAACUCCCGUGAGAUUGUAGUAAAGGGCGGGGGAGCGUUCCCGUUGCUAUUCCCCCGCUGAUGUACCCCUUCGAACCCAUUAUACAGUCGCCGUCGUCAUGCAUCUACAUCCCAAAGAGAAAGUAUUAAUUCAGUUUCACACAAUAUUCCAGUUUCAUCAAACAAUCAAACCUGCUCAGUUUAUAACGCUGAUUUGGUGGGUGGGGGGGUUGAUGAUUUACUAUUGCAGCAUUGUCCUGGUAGAAAGACACUAAAUCCUUUUUUAUUGUAGACAUUUCCAUAUUAACGUUAAUGGUUUGACAUUCUAGACAAAUGCAAGGACAGCGCUUACUUAUCCCUGUAAUGAAGACGUGGGUUUUAGCGCGUCGUGCAGCCGAGAAAUGCGGGGGAAUGGUUAUAAGCGCAUGAGAAAUCUGUGACAUUCAGAGGUUUUACGCUUACACUGGCUGCCACAACUUGCAAAGAAAACGCAUGCGCAUUGACACUGAGCAGCCGGUCUUAAAAAUCCUUAUACCAACGGAUGUAAUAAAGGCAAAGAAUUACAUCUUGUCUCUGGGCAUACAUGGUGAAAUUCCCAUGGGUUCAGAGCGGAUGGAGAUGCGAAAGAGGCAGAUGUCGGUGCAACAGGAGCCGCUGGCGGGUGGCACUGCACCGUCACAGCAGGAGCAGCCAGACCAGGGCAACCGAGGCUCCAACGCAUGCUGCUUCUGCUGGUGCUGCUGCUGCAGCUGCUCGUGUCUCACUGUUAGGAAUGAAGACAAGGAGGGAAAGAACCGCCGAGACUCCUAUGACUCCUAUAACUGUGAGGAGAGCCCAAAGCCCACUGUGGAGGAGGCACGCUCAUGGGGCCAGUCUUUUGACAAGCUGAUGUGCUGCCCUGCUGGGAGGAGCGCAUUCCGGCAAUUUCUGCGAACAGAAUUCAGCGAGGAGAACAUGCUCUUUUGGCUUGCUUGUGAUGAGUUCAUCAAGGAGACCAACAAGGGCGCCAUCGAGGAGAAGGCCCGACUUAUCUAUGAGGAUUAUAUCUCCAUCCUCUCACCCAAAGAGGUGAGCCUUGACUCGCGAGUUCGAGAUGUGAUUAAUCGCAACAUGCUGGAACCCAACUUGCAUACCUUUGAUGAUGCUCAGCUACAGAUCUACACGCUAAUGCAAAGAGACUCAUAUCCUCGCUUCUUGAGCUCCCCAUUCUACAAAAACCUGCUCAAUACACUUGCUGAGCAGUCGCCAGAAUCUUAGGUCUCUGUGAUCAUUGUUGAUUUUGCCCCUUCCCUUUUAUUCUGGUCUUCUUGUUGUUGGUAACAUUUCUUAGAGAAACUUUAGGGUAUAUUUCAGAAGACCUUCAGCGGGUUCCUUCCAGGGAUUUAAUGCUAAACUGAUGUGCACCUGAAAGGAAAACACACUCAGGUCUCCAAGCUUCUGGAUUAAAAAACAUGUCUCAAACCUCUCGAGGGCUCGCCACAACAUGUACUGCUACAGAUCAGCUUGGAUGGGGACAAGGGGCAUUUAUGCUGUUUGUGUGUGUGUGUGUGUGUGUGUGUGUGUGUGUGUGUGUGUGUGUGUGUGUGUGUGUGUGUGUGUGUGUGUGUGUGUGUGUGUGUGUGUGUGUGUGUGUGUGUAUGGGGUGGGGUGUGGGUGUUCAACUCCUUAUUUAUUGUUAAUCGAUCAAAUAUUUAGUUUGUAUUAUUGUUCAAAGGAGAAAAUGUAAUGCCCUGUCCGGGCCAUAUAUAUAUAGUUCUAUAUCUUUAUGAAAAUUUUAAUAUGUGAAGAAUUGUUAGAAUUUCUUCUUGUUAUACAGUAUAAUUUAAAAAGGAAGGGAACUGUGGGCACAUGGAAGUGCCAAGAUGUGUGUAGUGUGUAUGAGAAUCAAAGCUCUAUUUAAGGCGACAGUCUAUCCAUAGGCAGCUCUUUUGGGGUACUGUGUCUGUAGACUACCUUGCAUCCUCUUCUGUGUUUGCCUAUUUCACUAUUUGCUAUCUGUAAGCAUGGCUUGAUCUUAACAGAAAGUGUUGAAAUUGACAUAUUAAGGUGACCAUGAUCCCUGAGGUGCCCGGAGGAGAUGUCACCAAAUUCUACAGUAUUUUGAGAAUCAACCAAGUAAAUGGCAGAAAGUGGUAGACAAUGGAAUGCAAAGGUAAUCACACAUUCAUGUUCAUAUAUGGAUUAUUUUGUCAACAUCAUCAGAAACCACUCAGUAUUUUUUAUCAUAUGGAUUGGAUGAUCUCUGUGGUGGACUUUGUUUGAGUGCUAUUGUUGUGUUGGAGAAGAAGGAAAUAGUUUGAUGUGACCAGGAGUCAAAGCUAGGAGGGCAGUGUUUUUUUAAGAUACUCUCCUACUUACAGAUCAAGUGAGCCUUCCUUGAGUUCUGAGACCAAACUAGCACUGGCUAUUAUUACUAUGGAUAUCAUUCCUUUCCAUUCAUGCCACUGUUAAGUAUUAGUGUGGUUUUUUUUCAGUGCUAAUUUUAGUGGUAGAUUAAUUACGUUGUUGCCUGGCGUACACGUCACUAAAAGACAAGAACCUCAUUAGAGGAAGUGCCUUGAUAUAACAUUUUCUGACGUCACAUUCAUGGCAAUAGGUGGUUCAAACCUUGUCAUGUGCAGGAUCUGACUAAAAUUUGGAAGCACCCAUUUCUAAGGUGCUGGGCCUUACAUCCAGAGCAUUUGAGGGAAGGUAAGAGAUGAUUCAUCAGGUCAUAGCAUACCCCCCUUUGCUGGUUUGUCCAUUGCAUGUAAGGAUCUGCACUGUUACAUGUAAUGAAUAGUUGGGCACAAGACCCCAACUGUAGGCUGUAGUUCACAGGAGGUCUUCAGGAUUUCACACACCUUCCUUCUCAUAUAUACUUGUACUUGUACUUAUAUGGAAGACCAUAGGUGUGACUGGGAGUGCAGAGCUGUGACAGCUAUGUUAAAUGCAAGCAAGCUGAUUGGUAAUUGAAUCACAUGCCCCUCUUUGAAGGUUAGCAAUAUGAGCAACCCUGGCAUUAUUGUUGCGACUCCAAAUGUCCUUGAUCUCAGGGCCCAAACCAAGUUCAUGCCACUGGCCUGUUUACUUUGUCCCUCUUUAACCAAAGUGCUUCCAUUUCUUGGACAGAUCCUGUGGAUGGACUCUGGGCCUUCAAUCAAUGUACUAAGUGAUUUGUCCUGCAUAUUGACUGAAAUAAAGUAGUUGAUAUGUUUAUUUCUUUAUUUAAUUGAUUAUUUAUUUAGUUUUUUAACUCAGUACAUUUUUUACAUCAACAGGUAAUAAGCUAAGAGGUAUUUUAAUAUAUCAUUGUAUUUAUGUAAUAUCAGAGCUCAGGACAAUUCAUGAAGCAGGUUGAUUGAAACCAGUUGUCUGUCAACAAAUAUGAACUUCAUGGUGGUACUUCUUGUCUUGGGGUAAAUUUACUUUAUGUGCAAUUUGAGCUGAUGGAUUCACCAUGCAGAUAAACCUCAAUCUAAGCCAAUGGUUUGGAGUGAUACUGCCUAUAAUUUUGUGUUCAUUUUUCUUUCUGUUUGUUGUAAAAAAAAAAAAAAAUGUGUUACUUGAGUUUACAAUAUGGUGAAUAACAUCAAUGUUUACAGUGAAUAUUUAUGUUUUUUUUUUUCUUUAUUUUCAUUUUUGUCAAACCAACAUAAACAAUGAUUUGUGGGCAUUUUGGAUUCUUGAAGAUAAAAUAAAGCACAAUGAUUUUA